AUUGGGAGACGCUGCCGUAGAGGGAAGUGUUACAGUUUGUGUGUGUGUCCUGGGAUUUGAACAGCCUUUGCAUUGUUUGCACAGUAAGCAUUUAUUGAGCUAUGUGAGGUAAUCUGCUACCCAGGGAAUAACUUACGGAUGUCUUCCAUGUGUAGGUUUCAUUACUUUUGAUGUGUCACAGUUUAAUGUCUUUUCAUCCUUCCUGUCCUCUUUGAUGUUGCUGCGCCGGGACUGUAUUGGUUCUACACCCUAACCCCAGUGUUGAUUGACUUAUCCUCUGCGGUCUGUUCUCCCCUUCCCCCUUGUCCCGUUUCCACGCGAUUCCUGAAAAUGGCCAAUGCCGUCUCGCAUGGUUUUUCCCAUCAGUGUGCACCGGAAUGGUCCUGGAUGCCGUCUCCUUGGGCAGCGACGAGUCGGUCUCAUCCCAGUCCUCCACAUCCGGCUCGCCUACAGAGAAAACCCAGAAUGCCCUGGGUGGGAGCGAGGCCAGUGGUGCCCAGGGUGCGGCAGACGCUGUAGGACCUUCCACGGCCCUCUGGUGGAACCCUGCUUCCUUCUGCACCGACGACCUGACCAGUGCAGCGUCUGCAGUGACCGCCUCCGACACCAACAUGAGGGACGAGAGCAUCCCGAGCCGCAAGGCCAAGGCGGUGUAUCCGUGUGAGGCCGAGCACGACUCCGAGCUGUCCUUCCAGGUGGGCGCCAUAUUCGACGACGUGAUAGUUUCCAGGGAGCCUGGCUGGCUGGAGGGUGUACUGGAAGGGAAGAGAGGUCUCAUCCCUGAGAACUACGUGGAGAUGCUAUAAAGGCAGAUGCAGGCGUGGCACCUUAUGCAUGGUAUCCAUGGUCUCCUGUGUCCAACGUACGUGUCUUAAGGAAUGCAUACCUGCAGCUGUAAUUAUGGCUGAGUAUACUGUGCCGAGAGGAAGCGCAUGUUAUAUUUUAAUUAGCAAAAGCUUAAAGCUUUUGGGACCUCUGCAUGAACGGUUUCAUUUCUCUCUGGGCUAGGGGCAGCACCUCCGGCGUGUGCAGUUUCGUAACCCUUUCCUGCGUGGAAGGCGACCUCACGCAAGAGCUGGGGGUGCUGAUCUAGAGAUAGCCAGUCCGCUCUGAACGAUAAAGCCUUCACUUUAUUAGGUAGCAUCACCACUGCAGCCUGUCAUUAUAGUUACAUUUUAUUACAUUUUUAUUAUCAAUACACUGUGAAUGGACAUUUUAUAUAUUUCUGUUAUAUAAAAUUCACAGCUGUUGUUGGAGUGCAAUUCUUUUUAAAUCCUUUAUAAAGCUCAAUGUUUCUGAGCUGUAACGAGCAGAAUGAAUGAAAUCUGGAAAGGCUGCGAUUUUUUUUUUUGUUUUUAGUCGUAUUUCAGUUCAGAAAGUUUAUGAAUGUGUUGGUCACUUCUUUACUAGCUAAUGUUUAGUGUGUUUUUUUUUCUUAGUGUCUUUUUUCUGUUUGGGAUGAAAUUUUGGAUAAGGUUUGAUUUAUAUAAGAUUUUAACGGUCCGGUCUAUUUAAUUUGCAAACAGUGUAUAUAUUUUACUGGUAUGAAAUAAAACCUGUUUUUGAAA